AUUUAGGUUUCAAAUAUAAUUACAUGUAUCAGUGUACCAUGUAUUGAUGUAGGUAUAUAAAUAAUGAAAACAUAAAUAGUUAUUAACCAUCUAAGAAUAACAUAAUACAUAUUAUGCCAAGUGUUUGUAGGUUAUGCACUAUUUGUUCACAUGCAGUUCAUAAUAUUAUAUACUCUAUAUAUUUUGUACAUUAUUGUUUUAACUAUUAGAUAUUCUAUGAUUUUAUAAUGUAAAUAAAAUAAUUAAAUUAGUACCAUUAGAUUUUUCUAAUAAUUGUUCCUUGAUAUUGUUAUAUAUGUUAUAUAUUUUUAUCCCCUAUAUAUUAUUUUAAGGUUAAAAUAUUCAAAGAGAAAAAUCUAGAAAUAUUUUAUUUUGUUACUAAUUGAAAUACCUCGGUUUUUUAGUGAACGAACUUUUAACUUUUCUCAAUUUGUUCUGGACAAUAUAAUUUGAAAAAUAUUAUUCAAGUAUUUUUUUUUUCUAAUUUAAAAUAUUUGUUUGAAUAAUAAUCAAUAAAACAAUAUUGUACUGUACCUAUACCAAACAAGGUAUGUGUAGUACAAAGCAGAACAUUUUCAGCAAAAAUUAAAACUCUUUCGUUCAGAGCCCAAGUAAUAUAAUAUAUUUAUUAAUUAUUAUUAAAAAUAUUUGUAAUUACAAUGUUAUCUUAUUUUAGUUGUGAUACAGUUAUUGGAACUCUUUUAUUUAAUUUUACUAGGUUUGUUUUUUUUUAAAUUUAUAUUAUUAUUAUUAAUUUUACUAUUAUUAUUGUAAUAUUUGAUAAGUGUAUAAUAAUUAACCACAGGCAAUAUUAAUUAUUUUCUUAUUUUUGUUUACGCCAGUGAAUGUUAUACUUUAAUAAUAAUAUUAGGGAAGUGAUGAAGUAUAAAAUAUAUUAUAAAUAUUAUACUAAUUCUUAUUUCAAAAACCGUUUACAGUAUCUACGAAAUAUAUUUAAUACGUUACACAGAGCAAUUAUUGUAGGGUUAUAGGUAUUUACCCAACCUAUCUAUCUAAUGUUUGACAAAAUUACGUAUACCUAAUUAAUUAUUUCAUCAAUUGUAUUCAUUAUAGACUAUAGUAAAUUUGAAAAACAUAAUUAUUUCUAUUAUUACUGAUGAGCAUUUAAAACAUUUGAUACACUUACAUUGAUACUUUACUUUUACUACACUAUAUUUACAUUUAAGGUAUUAAUUACGAUGUUUAUCAUACGGUUUUUUUUCAGUAAGACACAAUAUAACCAUCGGCCGAAAACAAACUCCAUAUAACUAAAUAAUUUAAUAUUAACUACAAGAAAUACUGUUUUCUCAAAAACGUUGUGAAAAUGCUAAGUUUGUAAGUCAGUCGUGGUUUUAGAAGUAAUAAUAACAUAGUAUAGGUAAUAAUAUGUAUACCUAUGUGUAAACAUAUACAACACACAGUUUCUUUAAAAAAUGUAUUAAAAAAUUGAACACUUUUUUCAACAGUUACCAGAUAUUUAAAUUUACAUUAACACAGUAAAAUGCGGUUUACCAGUUUACACGCGCAUGCUAAGCUAUAUCGAAGCACACGACGUGUAUAAUACACUAUAGACACAUAUUUUAUCCACGGUAAAGUCAUGCAACGCGUUUAAUUCCGGAAAUUAUUUUGAGGAAGUUGUUGUGGAACUCGUUAACAAUUUCUUAGAACCGAUUCGUACAUGAUAAUAGGUAGGUAGGUAGGUAUACCUAUACCGCGUGCAACAGAUACCAUACGGUAAAAAAAAAAACUCCUUACUCUCUUUGUUGUUACGUUUUAUUAAUUUUUUCAUCGAUCGGGGAACGUUUAUAUUAUUGUAUUAUUACACACGAACAGAUACCAAAUAAUAUCCCGACGACGGUCCUUGACUAUCACCCGAAACGCCUUGACCGUCCUCUCGGUGCGGCGACACGGAGUCAAGACGCGUAUUCGUAGUAAGUUACCACUUCACACCGGGUACACUGGUACACACAGAUACAUGUACCACGCACACAUCGCCGCAGUGGUAAAUACCUAACUAUUAUUUUUGUCGCUUGUGGGUCCGACCGUUGCGUUCGUGAUUUAUCGCCGCGAAUAAUUCAUUAUAAUAUUAUUGCACUAUAUAUUGUUAUUGUUAUUGAAUAUUGUUUCGGCGAUGGCCGAACUUAAAUCGCCAAAAAUAGACCCGGAAAAUGCCAAGAACGAGUAUAAUUUGUUUAAAUCCUCUCUAGCUCAAAUCGGUACGAUCAUCGUGCAAAAUGUGAUAAUGUUGGGCUUUGGCAUGUCGCUGGCCAUUCCGACGGUGGUCAUCGGGUCGCUAAUGUCAGACGAAGUCGAUGGCGGCGGAGGUGACAGCAUGACAUUGACGGAAACGGAAGCGUCGUGGUACGGCAGCGUGCUGUUGGUAUGCCACCCAACGGGGGGCCUGCUGUCGGGCGUGCUGCAGGAGAUCGUGGGCCGAAAGUGGUGCAUGGCCCUGGUCAGCGUACCGCAGCUGGUCGGCUGGUACGUGCUGUGGCGGGCCGGCAACGCGUUCGAUCUGUACGUGUCGUGCGUGGCGCUCGGCCUGAGCAUGGGCCUAAGCGAGGCGCCAGUACUGACGUACGUGGGCGAGACGGUCGAGCCCAGGCUCCGUGGCCCACUGUCGUCAGUGUCCACCUUCACCAUCAUGCUCGGUUCGUUCAUCGCCUACCUCAUGUCUACGGUCAUGCCGUGGCGGACGGUCGCCAUGAUCAACAUGGCCGUGCCAGUCAUAUCGUUUGCCGCCGUCGUGCUCCUGACCCCCGAAUCGCCAGUAUGGCUGUUGUCGAGGAACAGACCCGACGAGGCGAAAAGGUCGUUGGCCUACCUGAGGGGUUGCGUGAGCACGGCCGACGUGGAAGACGAGUUUUCCGAGCUUUCGAUCUACGCAGGAUUCAACAAGUCCGUUGAUCUCGAGCAGUACGCCGACUGCGGAAUAGACGAACGGCGUCUGUCGUACGUCAAGUACCUACAGAUCAACACCAACGACACUACCAACGCCGAAAUCGACAUUCUCGCCAAUCAAAACCAGAUCGGUUUUCUGGACACACUGAGAAGUUUUUGGUCACCGGAACUCAACCGGCCGUUCUUGUUCAUAAUGCUCUUCUUCUUCUUCUGGUCGUUCGCCACGUUCAUACCGGCCAAACCGUACCUGAUAACCGUGUUUAGCGAAAUCGGUUUACCAUGCAGUGCUCAAUGGACACUGGUCUAUACUUCUAUAUUGACCUUGGUAGGAACUCUUUUGAACGUUUUGACCGUCGCCAAGAUCGGUAAACGUCCUAUCACAUUGGUUUCGAUGGCGCUCUGUGCUUUUUCAAUGCUCGGAAUUGGAAUGUACAUGCUUUCUACUACUUAUUUCUCGUUUUCGUCUACGUGGAUACCGAUGAUAUUGUUGAACGCCUUAUUCUUCUUCUCCGGUUACGGUGUGUUUCCCAUUCCAUGGAUGUUGGUCAGUGAAAUAUAUCCGACAAAGGGACGUGGCAUCGCAAGUGGACUAACGGCCGCGUUGGCGUUUUUGAUGACGUUCAUUUUGACGAAAUUUUUUUUGGAAAUGCAAGAGUGGUUCACUCUCCCCGGGCUGUUCAUCGUUUACGGAUCGAUCACGUUAGUCGGAACUCUCUACCUGUACGCGUGCAUGCCUGAGACUGAAAACAAAACGCUGCAAGAUAUCGAACACUUUUUCAUCGGUGACUUGGAUGACUACGAGGACCAUGAUAAUCAAAACUGAUUGAUCGCAAACAAACGACAGCGUCAAAAUAUUCCUAAUUUGUUCUUCGCAAAAAUCAACAUUGUUCACUAUAAUUUAUAUUAAUUUAAACAUAUUUAUUAUUUAUUGUUAACUUGAACGCCAUUACAAUAUAUUAUGUAUAGGUAUUACUAAUAUAAACACUAAACGGUGUUUUGAAAUAUUUAGGAACCUACUGCAAAAUUACAGAAAGUCCUAUAUUAUACCUACAGCUUAAAUUAAGAUUAUAAUAUUAUGAUCAAUACGAAAAA